CAGCCCACCCUACGGAUGCAUGCCCGACCCUCCAAGAAAGCUAUGCAAUGGAUGUAAACGUUGCAAACUAUGGUGUGAAUGGACCUCCAGUGUACAACCCUUACUCCAACACCUACAAUCCAGGCUGGAGAGAUCAUCCGAACCUGUGCUAUGGAAACGCACAGCAGAGUAAUGCUCCUCACUCAUUCGGAGCUACACAACAGAUACAAAAACCUUAUUUCUAUGAGAAACAGCCGCCCUAAGCACCCAUAAGCAACUCCAGUCCGUCUUUGGAAGACUUGGUGAAGUCUAUGGCUACCACUACCCUGCAGUUCCAACAAGAGAUGAGAUUGACAGUUGACAAAUUACAAGGUCAGAUCAAUCAAGUGUCAAAUGAGGUAAGACAGCUACUUGAAAGAGGAAAGUGGCCCGCUCAGCCUGAGCCAAAUCCAGCAAAUGUCAGUGCCAUCACUAUCUGCACUGAUAUGAUGGUUGAAUGUCCUUACCGGCCUAAUCCAAAGAAUACGAGUGCUAUAACCCUUCGUAGCGGAAAGGAAUUGGAAGGUCCACCUCCUAUCUCAAAGGAACAGAACGAGGAUCAUAUUGAGAUGGAGAUUGAAAAAGAAGCUGAACUUCAUGAAAAGGUACCUCCUAACUCUAUUCCUCCUACUGAAACUAAAUCAGCUCCUUUUCCUAACAGACUGAAGAAACCACAAAAGGCAAACAAGCGAAAAGAGAUGAUAGAGAUAUUCAAGAAGGUGGAACUUAAUAUCCCGCUCCUGGAAGCUAUCAACCAAAUCCCCAAGUACGCAAAUUUUUUGAAAGAACUAUACACCAACAAAAGAAAAUUGCGAUGGGAUGAGCAUAUUAUAGCGGGUGAGAACGUUUCUACUGUUCUCAAAAGAAAGGUACCACCUAAAACAUGUGAUCUAGGGAACUUAUGAAGUUGGUAAUGAAAAUAAACGAAGAACUGUGUUGACAAAAUAGUUAGAAAAAAGACCAACCGGAGAGAGUAAAGAAGAAAAAAGAUUGUCGAAAAGUGGAGAUGGAUUCCCAAGGGAUCACCAUUGCUGACAGCGAAAAUGUGUCAUAAGGAGAAUCAAAAUUUUAAGCCGAAGAAAAAGUGUGUGGCCAACAGACAUCUCUUCAAAUCAUACCACGAGAGACCCUCACUUGAUCCUAUAAAUUCGGCACCUGUUGCUGAUUUUAAUGUUCAGAAUUGAUGCAAGACGAAGUCUAGCUCAAAGACUAUAAAGAAAAGCACUUUUUGGGAGACAACCAAAAUCAUUUAAUUGCUUUCUUUAAUUUUAUUUAUUUUUAUUGUUUAAUUACUAAUAACAUUUUUGAUGGUUUUGUUUGAUUUGGUGCAGGUCUUUUGGAAAAUAAUUACUGGUUCUUGGCGAAGGCGCGACCACUCUUCCCAAAAAAAAAUUCAGAUCAAGAGGUGACUUUUAGUCAUGGUCAUGACUAAUUGGCACCUCGCAUACUUUUUUUUUCACCCAACCUUUCUUACUCAACCAAUUUCUAGAAUAAAAGAUAGUAUUUAGUCAUGACCAUGACUAAACACUACCUAUCACACUGCCUCUUCUCUUUCUUAUCCAAUUUUAACCCUAAAUUUCAAAAUAAAAAAAAAAUAUUAAUAAAAAAUAAUAAUAAAAAAAUUCCCCUCUCUCUCCCCCCCUCUCUCUCUUUCUCAUGUUCCUCCCUCCACCGGUCGCCCUCCACCAACAGCCGAUCCCCCCCUCCACCAGAUUCCAGACCUUCACCAGACAUCGCCCCACCAGACGCCGCCAUCGUUCACCAGACGCUGCCAUCGCUCCGCCAGACGCCCUCCCCAUGACGUCCUCCGCUAGACUCCACCAGGCGCCGCCGGUUCCUUACUCCGCUGAUUCAGACGCCGGCGAUCAUCUUCUUCCUCUGUGUCUUCUUCUUCUUCGCUGAUUUCCUUUCUCCGCUGAGAUGCCGCUUGUGUCGAACUAGUCGGUCCGACGCCCAGCGCCCCCUGCGACUCCACGCCUCCGCCUCCAGCCAACGCCGAGCUUCAUUCUUGGAUUGGGUAUUAUCUAUUCAUCCCUACCAAUACUUCCAAUUUUUGAAUAAUAUGUUGAGAUAUAGGAUUGAUGUUUCAGAAUUGCCAAUUUAUGGACUCUGGUUACUAGGAAAUUGCUGUGAAUUUGGUGUCAAGUUCUUCUUGCUGAACUGUUGGGCUUGUUAAUGUUAGGCCUGAUUUGUUUGAUCCUUUUGCAUUGGAUUGGCUGGAUUGAUAUUUUGGGAUUAAAAAAUUGAUCUCAUGUCUGUCAAUGACUCUAUGCAACACUAAUUCAUUACUUGCUGAACAUUUGUCUAUUGUGGGGUUAAGUCGAUUGGUACGAUGAUACACUUUGAUUAAUUCAUUGCGCAUUGAAAGACAUAUGAUGAGCUAUAUCAUAUAACACUUUUUUCUAGGAUACUUUGCGCUUGGCUACUUUACUUUUGCAGAGAACUCAUGAGACACUUCAAGCCUCCCUAAAAAUGGCGUAUGCGCAACUCUAAAGGCAUUGGUAAGCAAAGCAAAAGCUCGCAAUUGCUCCACCCCCUACGAACUCCAGGGAAGUUUCUUUCUUAUUUUAUUUCUUUUUACAUUGAGGACAAUGCAUGUUUUAGGUGUGGAGAGAAUUAUGCAAAAAUUUUGGGGCAAAUUGUUUAUUUUGUGCAACUUUUUAUGCCUGAUUUGUUGUCUUUUAGUAUGUUUUUUAGAUUUGUCUGAAGUGAGUCAAAGGUGAUUUGUGUGAUAGGUUUGUCUAGCAUGACUAAUGACAUUUGAUUGGUGAUAUGUUGAGUCAAGUCGACGUUUGAACCCCGUGAGAUUUGAGCCUAUGUUCGAAAAGUUACAUUAAAAAAUAAAUUGCAUAUAUUCAAGCUUUUGAAAAUUUCUUUCAUGUGUGAUUUGUAGUGUCAAUUAGACGACCUAGAACUUGAGUGAUUAUGCGUGUUGAACUUGCAACUAUCGAGUCUUGCAUUUUGAAAAUGAUAAGGGCAUUAGGUAACCCCAUUAAGCCUUUCUUUAUUACCCAGCACAACAUAUUCCCCUAGUUAGCCCAUUUGAGCCUUCUUUGCCUAUUUUUUCUUUUAUAAUAACCUGUCUUUUAGCCUCAUACCCUUCUUUUGAUUAAGCCUUCUCCGAUUUGAACCCUAUGUUAGAAAGAAUUACUUUAAGUCCAUGUUGUGAUGCACUUUAUUUAUUCGGCACUAGUUAGAAACGAAAUUUGGGUACGAAUAAGUCAUAGUAUGAAGGAAUAAUUAUGGGUAGUGAAAGUAAAAAAAAUAUUCAAAAAAUAUAAAAAACAAAACAAAACAAAAAAGAGAAAAAAAUAAUAAAUAAAUAAAUAAUAAAAUAAUCAUCUUGAUGAAGUAUUUUUCAUAUAAUUACGUUAUUGAAGUUUGGGUAGUGAAUAAAAUAAGAAUUUUAUUGUUUAUGCCGAUUUGUUCUUCAUGCGCUAGCAUCGUGUUCUUAUUGUGUUCUUUUCUGACAUAUUUUACCCCUUGUAUAUCUUUUUCCCUACCCUGACCAUAAGCCCCGCUACAACCCUUAUUGAAAGUCCUUUUGAUUCUUUAUGUUAGAUUCGAAUAUUUAAGUAAGGGAGAUUUGAUUUUUACUCAAACCUAUAGGAUAAACUUUUGUUGCACUACCUGAGUGUUGAGCCAAUUAUACACUUAAUUCCUUCAGAGAGCAUGUGCGAAUACACUUUAUCUUGUGAGGUUGACUUGGCUUGAUGUGUUGGAUUUUUCGGAUUGAACUGGUUGUGUUGGAUUCUCUUGUCAUAUUGAGGCGCUUGUGAUUUCUUUGGCUUAUUUCAAAUCUAUGCUUGAGGGCAACCAUGAUUUAGGUGUAGGGAGAUUUGAUAGUUAGAAAUCGCAUGCGUUAAAUGUUCUUAUUAUAUGCGAUAAUUGAUUAAUUUUGAUUGGAUUCUACCUAAUUAUAUAUGUAUUGUUUAUUUGUUGUAUGCAGAAGAAAAAUAUCAAAUUUGGCGUAAUUGGUAGAAAAAGUAAAGAAAAAUUCAGAUUUGCACAACCUAGUUAGUCAUGGCCAUGACUAACUUUACCCUCAUGACAUAAGAAUUUAAUUAAA